AUGAGCAGCGGGCUCCUAGUGGGACGGAACGGGGUGGGGCGGAUGUGGGGGCCCUCAGCGGCCGCCGCUCCAGCGCCGCCGCCGCCUCCCGCCGAAGGCAAACGCCGCCAUCUCGAAACAAAAGCUGCUUCCCUCAGCCGCAGGACAACCGCCCGCCUGCAACAACACCAAACCCCAUUGGCUCAAUCCGCACCUCCCGGCACCACCGACACCGAAGUAUCGCCCAUUCCCAUUGGCCUGAGCAUCAAGCUCGCCUCCACGCUGUCGUAUUGGUCCCCGUCUGACCAUGCCCCCCAACGGACCCACAUUCCAUUGGCCUGCCGGGACAAUCCCCGCCCACCACCUCUCCUUCCAUUAGCUGAAGGUCGGGGUGCCUCUCACCAUUGGCUGAGGCGCUCGAAGAUGUCAUAUACCAGUUUCCAAUUGCUGUGCUGUCCUGUUCCAUUACAGGGAUUUGUAAAAGUCGUGAAGAGCAAGUCGUACUUUAAGCGAUACCAAGUGAAGUACAGGAGACGAAGAGAGGGUAAGACUGACUACUUUGCGAGAAAGCGCCUCGUCGUUCAGGACAAGAAUAAGUACAACACGCCCAAGUACCGACUGAUCGUGCGCAUCUCAAACAGGGACAUCGUUUGUCAGGUAGCGUUCGCCAGAAUUGAGGGGGACAAGAUAGUGUGCGCUGCGUACUCUCACGAGCUCCCGAGAUAUGGUGUGAAAGUCGGGCUGACCAACUAUGCAGCAGCUUACUGUACUGGCCUCCUCCUUACUCGUCGGCUGCUGCAGAAAUUUGACUUGGAUAAAAUCUAUCAAGGAGAGGUGGAGGUGACCGGCGGAGAGUUCAACAUGGAGAGUAUCUCGGGGAAGCCGGCUGUCUUCACCUGUUUCCUGGAUGCUGGCCUGACCCGUACCACCACUGGCAACAAGGUGUUUGGAGCCAUGAAGGGCGCAGCUGAUGGCGGCCUCUCCAUCCCCCAUAGCACGAAGAGAUUCCCCGGUUACGACUCUGAGAGCAAAGAUUUCAAUGCUGAUGUACAUCGCCGGCACAUCUUUGGCCUGAAUGUUGCUGACUACAUGAGGCAGCUGAUGGAGGAGGAUGAGGACAUGUACAAGAAGCAGUUCGCCCAGUACAUCAAGAAUGGCAUCACCCCUGACAUGGUGGAAGACAUGUACAAAACAGCUCACCGAGAGAUCCGGGCCAACCCCACGCAUGAGAAGAAACCCAAGAAGGAAGUUGUGAAACAGAAGCGGUGGAACCGGAGAAAGUUGUCCUUGGCUCAGAGGAAGGACCGUGUUGCCCAACGGAAAGCCAGUUUCCUUCGCGCACAGUCAGCAGGUGGUGAUUGACUAACCCAGGCCAGCACUCCAUCGGUGUGGAACAACCAGCAGAACAAAUAAAGGGAUUUUAAAACAAAAAA